AUGUACCUUAAAACUUCAGGGGACGUUAAAGACCAUCUGGUAGCAAUAGUAACAGGAGCUGAUCUUGAGUGCUCAACUGUAAGUGGAGGAGUAGGGGGGGAAGGGUUAGCAGGUGCCACAUCUGGCCACGAAAGUGGCAAAAAGCUGCUGGAACAGCCCAAGAAGCAGGCCAAUGGGAUGGAUGAUGAAGAUAAGUCAUUCAAACAGAAACUGAAAGAGGAGCAAAAGAAACUUGAGAAGCUAAAAGUGAAGGCCACAGGGAAGGGUCCCCUGGCCACUGGUGGAAUUAAGAAAUCUGGCAGAAAGUAA